UUGCUGAAUCAGCCAACCAAAAUUUCUUUCGUUGCUUGUUUUUUUGGUAUGAAAAUUUUUCAUAUGUGGGAAAACUGCAGACUUGCUGACUUAAAAAAAUAGCUUUUACCUUUUAAUUUUUUCAACUAAAAGUAAAACAGUCAGCACAAUCACAUUUAACUUCUUGCGAGAUUAAAGGAGAUCUCGAAGGUUAUUUCUGUCGGCGUAGAAGGUAAAAAUCUUUCGAAAAGACGGCGACACGAUGUUCUAGUUUUCAUAUUUUGGCUAGGCACGCUCGAAUUUAAAAUACUGAAAUUUCUAUUUUUCUGUUGCCUGUAUAUCUUCCUUUGGCAAUUUGCCCCGAUUUUCAAUUCAAAGUAGACAGACUGCAAAUUAUAAUAGUUGCUAAAAAUAUAUCUACGUGUCCCAACUGUUCAUCAGUAGGAUACAUAUCUAAAUCUUUAAAAAUCUUGGAGAAAUGAAUCGUGAACUUUUUCAAAGGAUAUACAAAUUAUCUCAGAACAAACCAAACGAGUUCUCAAGUGCAUUUAAUUUAGCUGAUUUAGUCCCGUGAGUACACUUACAAUUUGCGAAUUUACUGGAGGAACAAACGUCUAAAAAAUAUAUAUAUUUUUUAUAAAUCCAGGUAAAUAUAAUCUGCCAAUUUGGAAAGACGAAACGACACUACUAAAAAUGCAUGCUCAACUCACCUAUAAACAAAACGAAAAACAAUAUUACAAACACACUUUGUAGUUCUCUUUAGUUGUGUUGUUGUUUUACUGCAGGUCUGAAAAGCUCGCUAAAUUUAUUAAUCGAAAUUAAAAAAGAGCAAACAGUCAACGAGAGAGAUCUUGUGGCAUUGUUCUAACAGCCAAUCAGCAUUGCGGCAAUCACUGCGGCAAUCUGGCCGCAGUGAGCACAAACUUGUGAGAGUUUGUAUCAGGCCCAACUUUUAGCGGUAGCCGUUAGAGAGAAUGUAUGAGAACCGCUAAAAUUGGCCCUGAUCUCAGGUUACACCUUAGUCACUUUUGGGAUAAAGUAAUUUUCGCGAUCCCAACUAGUAACUUUCUGUUUAUGCAUCUACUUAAUUAAGCCUUUUAACUAGGUCAUCAUGCCUGAAAUGAAUUGACACAUUGGUUAAACUUCAUGAAGUAAAAAUCUUCUCAUUUUUAAAUCCCUCCCUACCUGAAUUUUCUGAUCCUCCAAAUCCCAAAAAUGAGCGAAACCAUGGGAGUGGGGGGCUUAUUUGCUGAAUAAAAUUUUCGUUAGUAAAUGGAUGGACUUAUAUCCAGGAGGACUAAAACCCGGAAGGGGGGGGGAGGGGCGGCUUGAACAUGGGAUUUUAAAGUAUGGGUACAUCUAAAAAUCCUUCUUGAAUCCAAAAGAACCUCGAAAAGUGUUUUCAGCAGGUACAAUCAGGCUUAGGCUGGCUCUAAAACUGGUAUAGUUAUAUUCUAUGUACUGUUUCAAACCCAUAUUUCAUGUAAGAUUUAAAAUUAAAAACAAGGCUGAUAGGACAGCUAAGGGUUACAAAUUUAUCUGCCUUGUUAUAUUUAUUUAUUCAUUUAUUUCAUCAUUUAAGAUCCACGACGAAGAAGAGGUGGGUGACAAAAUCGGCCUAACACUGCUAGACAAGGUAGACAACGCCCUGGACGUGGGCGUGGACGUGUACCCCCUGUAAGAGGUAGACGUGAGCGCGGGCAGGGUAGGGUGGGUGGACGUGGAUAGGGAGGAGGACGUGGACGUGGACAAGGCCGUGGACAAGGCCGUGGACGAGGCCGUGGACGAGGUCGUGGACGUGGACGUGGACAAAGGCCCGGAAGUGCCCCUAUAGAAAAUAAAUUGAAAACCUACCCAUUCGUAAAUAUUUGGUUAUGGCCGUUGCGUACGCCUGUUUCUACACUUAAAUUAUUGGGGUGGAAGGCAAAGAAAACAUGUAGCUUGCAUUUAUCUUGAAAAAGAUUAGCCAGUUUAAUUGAAGUAAGCAAUAAGUUGCUUCUGUAUGAAUCUUGAAUUGUCAAAAGUAUUUUUAAAUAAACGAGGCUUUACUUUAGGCUUAACAGCGGUCCAGGACUAAUCUAGUAUCAGAUAGUUCGAAAGGUGUUGACGACUUUACAGCACCGUUAAAGAAAAACCAUGAUCGUUUCCAACUUUCCGCACUUAAUGCAUGGUUUUCGAUUGGAUGCAGUUGCGCUCGAGUACUUUUUUUGAAUGUACGAUCUGGCAUUAUCAGAUGUAAAAUAUUCAAGUUUAUAUAAUUUGCCGAUUUCGAUUCAGUUAGAAUAGAUUGCUUUGUAAUUUUCGCUUCAAUAGCUCAAGGCUUUUCGGUUGAAAAUAUGCAAAUAGAAACUUUUCUUUUAGAUAGCAUCUACAUAUAAUCAUUAACCAUCUUGGGGAGGCCAUAUCUAAUAUGUUAUUUAAUUAAAAGACAUGUUUUCACCAUGCAGGUUCAACAAAAAAUGUUCCCCAGAAUGCUUUCUCUAAUGACAUCAAUGCAUGUCUUUUCUCUGGUUGGAGGACGGCUUCAAUUAUUACCAAUGCCAUUCAAUGCAACGUAGGGACAGGACUGUGUUAUGCGACUGAUCCAAACGCAGGAACGGCUUCAUUUGCCGUUUGCUACAACACGCAGACACUGACUCCAGACUUCACAGGUCAUAUCGUUCAACCACAUGGUGGUUCGGGAAGAGGGGCCAGCGGAUUUGAAAGUGAUGUUGGGCAAUUUGGUAAGUAUUUUAUUUAUUUAAUUAUUCAUUAUUUAUCUAUUUAUUUACCAGAUUUCUGGACACAGGACUGCCCAGAGGGAAUGUGCACGAACGGGACUCAGGUCCGACGUGCCAUCCCUACCAAAUCCUACAACCCGUAAAGGUUGGCCACACCACCGGGGUCUACGACCUCUACUCGUUUAGAAUAGUGAUGUGGGUUCUUUUACGUCCCACAAGAACAAAUGUUUGUCGUUGUCCUGUAUAACUCGAAUUGCUCGUAUCCCAAAACCUCGUGAGGCUGUGGAGAAGAGCUGAUAGGAUGGGAAAAGAAGAACAAAUGUAUUUAAAAAAAAAGAAAAGAAAAAACAACAACGACAACAGCAACAAAAAAGCGAACAAAGAUAAAAUAAAUAAAUAACUACAACAACAAACAUAAGCUUUAUUUGCAUGACUAUAUCAGCUAUAUGAAGUUACAGUAUUGCAAAAGCUUUAACAUAAAGUUACAGUUAAUACUAUAUAGAUAAUAAAUAGGGAUAAUCAAGUGUCAUCAGUAGUAUUUGAUAACAAAUUAUUACUCAAAUCAUUACAUAAUGCGAUAAAUUUAACAAAUGUGAAUUUUGAGAAAAAUUAUGUGAAUUCAUAAGUUUAAUUAUUUAUAAAAGCAGAAGAACAAAUUCUAAAAAGAUAGCCGGUUGGUUGUUGAACACAGUUGUUCUUCUUGUAGUGCUGCCUAUGUUCGCCGUAGGUUUCUGAUUACUCUGUUUCUUUCAAUAAAGCUUUAGGUAGGAAUAUCCUUUCAGAUAGGCCAUUUGCAAUAAGAGGUCAUGUGACAUUUUUAUGAAAAUGAAAGUUAUAUGAUUUUGCCUUCAGAAAACGAUUAGUGGGUCAUAUCUUAAACAAAAUAAUAGUGAUUUAGUUUUUCAAACCCGCACCACUUUCUUAAAAUGAAUAAGUUCGUAGCUGGUCACGUGACCAAAAUGUGAUUUUUAAAACUACGAAUUACCUCUUUCGGAACAGAAAUUUUGUACUUAAAUUCAAGGAAAUUGUUGAAAAGAUGAUGCGAUAACGUUUACAACACAUCUGAGCGUAACUAUCAAACGUUUAACAAGAUACAAUCAAAAAGUAGUUUUAGCCGCCAUGUUGGAGGGCAAGACAAUGCCCUCCAACAUGGCGGCCAAUACAAAUCAAACUACUUUGUUGAAAAAUCAAGGUGCCAUAGAAUAUCUCCCUUAAAUGCGUUUCAUCUCAAAUUUCGGGUGUAAGAUAAUUUUUAUGCCCUCUAUCAAUUUUUAUCAUCAACAGGAUUCCAAGUGUUUGUUUAAAGGAGACAUUGGUCAUGUGACCUCUUAGUGCAAGUGGCCUAUUUGUGCGCAAACUUUCACCAAUGUGUUAGCGUAGCAUUUUAAGGUUAAAUUUGACCAGAAUUUUGUGCAGCAAGUUCUAAGGUCACGAUUGCCUUCAAACUUGCAGAUGUAAAACUAGAGAGUUCUUAGGCUUAUUUGCUGAAGUUAGGGAAAAAUCUGUCGUGGGACUUCGAAGUUAUGUACAUUUUUCGUAAAAAUGCGGUUUUAAAUAAAUGCCAAUAUCUCAAAGGUUUUUAUACCUACAAGAAAAUAAAUACAAUGUUCUUAAAGUUCCAUUAUUAUUUAUUAAGGAUGCCAAAAAUCGUAGAAAUCGGUUGAAUUUUUCAUUCUAAAAAACUCAAAUCAAGAAUAUAACCAAUACGCAUAUAAAUAGGUUUGUUAAGUAAAAUGGGAUGCAUUUGAUUAAUUCAAAAUGGCGGAUCCAAGAUAGCGGAUGGUUCCAGUUUUUUUUUUUUUUGGUAAUAAAUGACAUCAUAAUAAUUCAAAAUUUCUCUUGAAACAUUUUCAAGUCGCCGCGAUGUUUCAUUUGAAGAUUUACCCACCGAAUUGCUACAUUGCACUUUAUUGAGCAUCAUAUUGUAACAAUUUUAUUUUAACUUCCAAAGUAAUCCAAGGGUUUUAGUAACUGAUUCUUGAAAAAAAAUGGAUUUAAAAUUUUCUUUUGGCAGAUGUCGAGUUCAAUUUUUUAACAACUUUCAUUUGUUACUCACUGGCAUAUUUGAUUUGUUGAUUUUAUAUUAAAGUUAGUAAGCUGUUUGAAUUGCCUGUCGCGUCGGAGCCGCCACAUGUGGCGGAAACGUACGUUUUUCUGCUGUGUCGAUUUACAUGGAUUUUAACCAAAAUGGUAUACAUUUGAUUACAGUUGUAAUUAAAAGUUUCAGAUUUAUGAUGGCACAUGGUUCAAUUUCCUUCUUUAGCGAGCUUAAGCAAGGGGAACGCUGACUCACCGGAAGUCAUGAAUAGCAACCGGAAGUUCGAUGUCUCACUUGAUGGAAGGGUUCAACGAAUCUGAAUACCUUUGUUCUGACUACCGCUGUUCGAAUUUGUCGAGUCAGAGCACUGAAAAAGAGAAAAUAUCAACUUCUGGUUGCCGUUUUGGACGUCCGGGACGUCAACGUUCUUGUUGCCUGAGGUUCCCCUUGUUACUAAAUAGCGUGAUUAUGACGUCACCGGUAUUUUUGACGAUUAUCAAAGUGUUUGCCAAUUUAAUUAAUUUGACAGACUCCUGUCUAUUUGAGUAUUUUUCACUCUAUGGCUGCUGCGGCUUUAUGACUACUAUUAGAGGAAAGCUGAUAAAGUAUGAGUUCAGCCAAUAAAUUCAAAAAUACUACGUAAUGGUUCCGUCACAUUAACCCUCGAACGUACAAGGGGGGGGGGGCGGUGGUGGAUGUCACCCCCCCUAAGGAUUUUCUGAGUUUUUUCCCAGAGGAUAAAACAUCAGCACCUGACGUUUUCAGUAGCUGUUCGUUCAUCAUUUGCGCACAUUUUGAGACAAGUUAAGUGAUGGUCAGUUGCUAUGGUUACGAGAUAUGACUUCAUCAUUAGCAGGUGGUCAAACCAUUUUUGGGUGAAAAUACAUGUUUUUUCAACUUCAUUCAACAAUAAAAGUAAAUUUUGUGGCUAGAAUCAUGCAAAGUACUUAUUUAUGUGUUAUUUUUACUUCGGCGGAACGCGAAGUAAAGGUUUCGCGACGCUCAGGAAUGUAUCAAAGUUACAAUUUUUUGACAAGAUUGGGCAUGCAAAGUCUGUAGGUUUUCGGUUUAUUCGGCUAUUUGACGAAGUGAGAGCCGAAUUAAUUUGAGAUAUCUCGAGAUCACUUCGAUUUCUUUGAUUUAUUCUUUAACUUUUUCGAGGAAGAAAGAAUUAUUAUUUUGGCUUUCCCGGGGUUUGAACCGACUCACCUGUGUGACCCGUCAGAUCAGAGGAGACUCUAAGUUGCCGAUUGCGCUACUGCGACCCAAGGUAGUUUGGGAAAUGAAAAAUAGUUAUGAAAUGAUGCACUAGUUUCGGGACAAGAUUGGGCGUGCAAGUUCGUGACUUUUCGGCUUGUUUCAACUAUUUCACGAAAUGAGACCGGACUACUUCGUGAUAUCUUGAGAUCACUUCGAGUUUAGUCUUUAAUUACUCGAGGAAUAAAUACAGGAUAUUUCGUGGCCGCACAGAGACACGAAAUUUCUCUUCGAGUGUUGAAAAACAUUUCACGAGUGAGCCCUCCUUUCCAACUGUUUUAUGAUGAAUUUAAAGUUACAAAAUGCUGCAAAAAGACAUUUUGUCUUUGUUGAGUGUUACGUAGUAAAAUUGCUUUCAUGCGUUGCGUGACUUUCUCGAACGUUCUCUACGUUUUUGGAUUAGCCAUGAAUAAUUAAUUAGGGCAUGUUUACAUUUCAGCAUGAGUCAGCAGAUUUGCAUCAGUUACUGAAAUCAUAAAAUAUGUCGAAAAGCUACUACUAUUCGCCUGCUGUUUAGUAUUUUCUAGAACCUUAUGUCAAACGGUAUACAAGUUCCAAGCGAGUUCUUUUGAAGAACUAAGUUUUUUCCCACGAGCUGGACUGCUGUGUUUAGUCAAGUGUGACGAAGGUCGAUUUUCAGGUAUUGUGUUCACAAGUUCGCGGAAGCCGUAAGAUAUCUGAAGUUCAAAUGAGAGUUUGUUAUUAUUGGUAGAGGCUGUUUAGUUUUACUCAAAGUUCAAGUCAAGUUUGUGUUGGUGGAUGCUGUGUUUUAAAGCUCUGUAAAGGCUAUGUUCCUUUGGUAUUAAACUUCCUUGUGUUAAUCCGACAUCCCUGCGUGCUGAUAGUCAGUGAUAAAUUAUCCUCAAAACAUUCGAACUCGUGACUUUGAGUUUUAGCCAAUUCCAUGCUCAACGUAAUUGACUCCUUACCCAUGCCUUACAUAUCUUUAAUCAGUACAUGAGACUGCUAUGCUGUUUUUGAAGCCUGAUGUGACUAAGAAAAAUGGAGAAUUGUUUUUUUAGAAGGAUUUGUAUGGAGCCAUCAGAGCAUCCCGGAGACAAUUUGUUCCGAAAUGCUAGUUUUUGGCAAGUAGGCCUCUUGGAUGUUGCUCUUUUCAGAAUAUCCUGACAAAUCCCAUAAUUUCACAAAUUAACACCUUACUCUUACCAUAUUUGAUUUCUUACUUUUCCUCCGCAUUUACAAUUAAUUAGUUCCACAACCACGACGUCGAAGUGUACGCUCCGUAGCGUCUUGUUCAUGUAAAGCACCAAAACAUUACCAUUUCUCGCGGUUUUAACCUAAUUUCUAAUUCUUGAUAAAAUCCAAGAUGGCGACCAUUCUUGGUGACGUCACAGGCUUCCAGCAGCGCCACCACACAUAAAAUAUACCUCAUCUUGUAGAGAAGAUCAAAGGCUUUCCACCAAAGGUGAAAUCGUUUCGAAAUACUACAACAUAUUAAAAACUCCGGGAGGGGUUCAUCCACCCCCCCCUUUCCUCCACCCCCCUUGUACUAUGGUGGGGGUAUGAGUUUGCGUGUACGUCCGAGGGUUAAUGUUAUUAGGUUAAUCAAAUUAAACCUAGUUAAUGGAAAUCAGAUGAGUAAAUUAUUUUGCAUAAUUAUGGUGGCUGUAUAUCAUAGGCGGUUUUAAAGUCAUAGAUAUGGAGGGAUCCCUCCGAAGCCCCCGACUCCCACUCCGGUCCCUGAGAGCCCGAAAUAGCCAAGUCUGAAUAAGGAUUAAAUCAAAAUCAACCUAGGCCUAUAUUACAGAGAUAUUUUGGGCCUUCUUAAGGUUGGGUGUUUAGAAAGUUUCUACAGUGCCUUCCUUGGGUAACAAGAGUGUUACUUAUUAUUAACUGUAAUUUGGUUAACGUAUUUUAUUAUUCUUAAAAGGCCCAAAUCCUCAGUCCACAUCAGAUGACUAUCUUACCAAGAAUCAAGGAGGUUUAUACAACAAUUUUAAACCACCGCCGAGUCGACGGUACCUAGCCAGAGGACAUCUGGUACCCAACGCGGAUUUUGGUAGCGAUGCAGAGCGAGCUCUCACGUUUAUUAUGACCAACGUCGCCCCUCAGUGGCAGUUGUUUAAUAUGGGUAACUGGUAUGCCCUGGAAAGAGCUAUAAGAACCUACGUAAACAGAAAGAACAGAAACGUUUAUGUUUUCACCGGUGUAGGUAAGUGUCAAAAGAAAAAUCGUGCAAGAAACAUUUUGCCAUCUGAAAAGAGAUCUAGGAAGAGUGCACAAAUCUGAGUUUUUGCAGUAGUUAUACGUCAUAUAUGUUGGAUGGCAAAUUCCUGGUGGACACUUAAGCUACCAAAUGCCCCGAGAAGGGGACGGAAAAAAGAGGGCAAAUGCCCCGUCCUCAAUCAACACUGCACGACUUUUCAUUGAUCGCACAGUCGGGUAGUGCAUUUUAAUGUGUGAUUUUUCUUCUCGUUUAACCUCUACGUUUGUAAGAGUGCCAUUUUAAGUGAGACCUGACUCACAUUUAUGAUUCUUAUUAUUGCUGUUUAUCUUCUUUUGAAUAGUUCGCUGGUAGGGCGCUGUUAUACUGAAUAGUUCAACAAUAUGAAAAAGUAAAGCAAGUUCCUAAAAUAAUAGAUAGAUCAUAGUAGAAUUAGAAAUAUCAUAUCCUAGACCAAUAGAAAUGUCAUUCCAUAUAUAACCAAAGAAAAUGUGUUGAUUCACGUCGAUAGCUCCCGACUUUUGGUUUGAUCAGCACUGGAGAAAUGCAGGCAUAAAAUCGAGAAAACAUACCUAAAAAAAACGCCAUCUGCACGUAAGAGCCAAAAGAUCGGGGGUGGCCCCGGGGUUUUCAAAUGCCCGAUCCCUGGGCCGCACAAAAUUGGCUAAUGCCCCACCCCUUGGACUUACAACGGCGGGCAAAUGCCCCGCAGUUGUUAGAGGUGGGGGAGGGGGGAGGAGCAUGGGUGCACAAGCAAACUGAGCAUCCAGAAAGUCUGAUAUGUUGGCACCAAUCUCUCUUUGCCUUGAUUUUAACAUAACAUAGCUCUGAGGCAGGCAACACUUGAUAUUUUGCUUACUUUAGACGAUAAAGUAUUAUUGCACUGAAUAAACUGCGAAUGGUAAAAUGACUUUUAAUGCACUGCAGGGCCAGCCAGCCAGCGAUUAUUAUUUUUACUUACUGAAUUACUAUGUAACACUUGAUUCGUAUCUUGUACAGAUUUGUUCAUUUCUCCCGGAAUUUUAUCACUGGCAGAUUUAGUGGUGGUAAAUGGUAACUAGAUCCGAGACUCGCUGAGACACCGAGACCCGAGACCGAAACUUCAACGAUUUUAGAAAAUCCGAGCCAAAACCGAGUAGGAGAGGCAACAAUCGGAAAACCUGAACAAAUGAGUAUGCACGGCAUUAACAGAAUUGAAGCCUAAUAAGUAUAAUCUAAAAUGUGAGUCGUGUGACACAGUAUUAAUUUCCUCGUUGAGUUCGAUAACUUGUGCCCUUAAACUAUAAAAAACGUGACUUCUGAAAACCAAACGAAAAAUCGACAAAUCGGAGACUCCAGACCUUUCGGCAAGAAAAAAAAAACAUAGAUACUCCGAGACGCUUAAAAAAUUGCGAAAACGAGACUUCCAGGCUCAUCAAAAAAGCUUCCGAGUGCUACGGACUGCGUGCAAGUCUUAAAAUACUUUUGACUUGUGGGCUGAAAUUGAACUUUCUUUCUGUUCUUUUUUGUUUCGUUGAGGGUAUGUAUCCUUAGUUAGAAUUUGAGAGCUAAACAGAACUGAGAUUCCAGGAUUACGAUAAAUAUGAAUCUCAAAGGUAAUACUAAUAGGUAACCCUAACCAUCAAGGCAGUUUUCUCCCAUGAAGUACAUUUACAGUAUUCAGUUUUAACCUUUUUGAUUUCGCUUAUUGUUUUGUGUAGGUUGUCAUUUCAUCAUUAAAAUGUUUGUAAUUCAUAAAUUUCGUGGUGUCCACAAGUGAAUAAAAAUGUUGAAAUAACUUGCACAACACGUAUAAUAUAAUGUCACCAAAAUAUCCAUAUUACAUGUAAACAGUCAUUGCCCUGGAUCAAGCAGGAAGUAGGGAACAGUACAUGUAACUCUAGUCUGUUUUUUCCUUUUUUUUCUGCUACCGGUGAUGCGUUUCACUAAAUCAAAUAAGCAUUGGUAAUUAUGGUUACUUUGAGGGGAAUUUGGAUUCGCUAACGAAUUAAACAAUAUGACGUCAUAACGACGUCAAACUACGUGUUGCGUCAAUCACCUUAUGCCUAGAUGUUGGAAAUGAUGAGUACAUUAUUCUGGGUAAUUUUGGUGGCCAUAUUAUCCGAAGCGAAAGGAAAGAAUAGGGUUAUCUAAAAUCUUUUUAGAGAAAAUCUGCUCCCUUUCUUUGCGUUUAGUUUUACUUUACACAGCUUAUUAACUAGGUUUCUUUAAAACAACCGAACAGAUCGGCGAUAUAAUAUUUCCUAACGUCCUGCGAAAUCGGCGAGACGAUUAUACAUUCACCUUUCAAAUUGGUAUGUGACUGUGGUAGUAACCUUCGAUUGUUCAUAUAGCUCAGGUAAUUUUCAUUUUUCUCUUGUGUCAACUUCAUUAGCAUACAUUACCAUACCUAAAACAAAAGAAAAACACAAAUUACCUGAGAUAAAAAAUCAACUACACCAUAUUUUUGUUUUAAUCAUAACCAUAACAAAAUUGUCAAAUCUGAUUGGCUAUCAACUGCCCUGAUUUCAGCCUUAAUUGGACAGUUAAUAGGACAGUACGCGUCAUGCCUAAGUAAUUGGACAGUACGCGCCAUCACGCGCGCGCUUAAAUGGCUUUUUUUUUCACUGCUAGCAAAACAAAAUUUCGAAUUUCUUGUGUUUUGAUUUAAAAAAUAGCCUGUUAUAUCACAAAUUUUGUUAAAGUUAUGAUUAAUUGGUAACAGAACUUCGAUUGCCGAUUGCCUCGAGUCGUUUUCUCCUCUCAACAACGUCUGAAUCGACCGGCCGUUAAUGCCGUCCAGUGACGUCACUCACUACCCGAAAACCGGGUAGUGAUUUUGAUUGGUUGAUUUUGGCGGGAUUGUCGCUUGAUAUUCAGCGGAUCGCAUCACUGACAUUCUUUCGUUUAGUUCAAACAUUUCGUAUAAGCUUAAUCUUUAUCUUAAACAGCAAAAUUGCCCUUGUCUUCGAAACUGACAUGCUAAAUUGAACUGCGAAUGAAGAAUCAUUGCGGAGAGUCGGUAGGUUUUUCAAUUAGAGCCGCUUUGUGGCGGCGCCGGUGAUUUUGUUUACGCGAAGUUUUCUGAGAUCAAUGUUAAAAUUCGCGGCCUUCUUGCUAUUUUUACCGUCAAGUGUAAUGAUUCUGUUAGCUUUUCUUUCUUGUCUCCUUGUUUUUUUCUUCGUUAAGGACCAAAUAGUUUGUUUUCAAUGAAAGCAAAUCAUUGUGUUUUUGAACUAAGUGUUCCGUGUGCAUCGUGUGAGUGUUUAUUUCAUUGCGUGAUUGCGACCGAGUUCGAUUUUUGAAUUUAGUACAACCGGUUCAGAUUUUUACUGCAUGCAGUUGAUAGUUUGAACGUUAAACAUGAAUUACAAUCAAAAAAAAUAAAGCAGUUCUGUACCAUGCAGACAUUUCGUAACGAUAUUUCUCGGUUUGCCACUUGAAAAUGGUGUUUUACUUUUUGCAUGAAUUAAAGCAAAGGUCAAGGAGUAGUGACGUCACUGGACGGCAUUAACGGCCGGUCGAUUCAGACGUUACUGAGGGAGUAAUAACGACUCGAAGUAAUCGGAUGAAAUUCAGGCUAGCAAUUUAACCAGAAAAUAUAUAUUACUGGAUUAAAAGAUACAUUAUCUCUUGAUUGCUGUCCACGAAAAGAUGUUAAACUCUGAGCUCCUCUAAUGCGUUUUUUUUUUUUUAAUUAUCAAAGGUGGCGCAACAAACAUUUUGUUGAACAACCAAGUUCAGACGCCAAAAUAUUUCUGGAAAGCUGUUUGCGACCCUACGGAAAAGGAGUCCGUUUUUUUCUAUGCUGAAAACCCUGUUGGAAUCGUGGACAGAAAAAGACGUCGCGGAUGUAAUGGAGCUGAGCAAACAAAGUCAAAAGGCGUAAUAGAAUGCACAAGCAUUCGUAUGGCUAAAAGGAAAUUUGUAGUGCCGAAUUUCAAUGCAAAUAAUUGUUAUCCGUCCGUCAAAGGUUUAAGCGGCUUAACUUUGAUUCUAACUGGUUUUGUGCGUUAAUAGAUUUGUUUUGACAGAAGUGAAUUGAUUCGUUUUCAAUUUUAUAGUUGAUGCAAGAUUGAAACUGCGCAACAGCAUUAGAAAUAAACUGUAAUUCAUUGGAACUAGCUUUAAAAUAAACACGUUGCAUUAAAUUCGGUCGUUCAUGUUUU